AUGGAGUCGAGCGAAGAAGACGUUCCUGACCCAGCGGACAAGGCUGAGAUGAGGAAGGAGAAACGAGCGGCUGUUAGACUGUUCCUAAUGGUUAUCUUCUACCCGGUUGCCGGCCCAGUUGCAUGGUGCCUCGAUAAGACUCUAGGAGAGGAGCACAAAGGGCGGUAUAAUAAAGCGGAGUUUAAGGCUUUGCUGAAUCUACAUCAGUAUGACGAGACUGGCGAUGUUGAUAUAGAAACAGGAGUGAGCGGUCAGUCCACGCCGUUGAAUACUCACACUACAGCAGGGGGAGAUGGUCUAACAGGGAGAGGCGAAGUCCAUCAUCAUGUCCAAUUACAUUCCCGUGGUGGUAUUACUAAGGAGGAGCUCCGGAUGAUGCAAGGCGCAUUGGAACUACAUCGCCUGAAAGUAAAGGAUGUGAUGACGCCGUUGGAUCAGGUUGCGAUGUAUUCGGCUGAUCAAGCUCUGGAUGCCAAGACAUUACAGGACAUAGUGGAGAAAGGCCAUUCUCGAUUACCGAUUUACCAGGGCUAUCCACACAAUGUUCAUGGUAUGCUGCUUGUCAAACGGUUGAUCACUUUGAAUCCGGGAGAUGCAGUUCGAAUAGGAAACACCGAUUUAUUAGAGCCUAUGAUUUGUGAUAUGGAGACCACCUUGCUGGAUAUGCUUUAUGAAUUUUCAACUGGCAGGAGUCAUCUAGCAGUAGCGACUGACGAUCCGGAGAGGGUCAUCGAGGCCAUUCAUGGGGAGAAGCAGAUUCCAUGCAACAUUCACAUGGCAGGGAUCAUCACGCUGGAAGACGUCAUUGAAAGGCCAGAGUAUGAGAACGAUUAA